UCGAUUUACGAUACAUAGACACAUAUUUGUGUGAAUGGACAUAUCAAAGAAGAAGAGACCCAAACAUGAAUUUGGAACUGCUUGAAUCCUUUGGCCAAAACUAUCCGGAAGAGUUUGAUGGAUCGCUGGACUGCAUAUCACUGGCGGUAACCUGCUCCUUUAACAAAUACGGCACUCUGCUCGCCGUUGGCUGCAACGAUGGGCGCAUUGUUGUUUGGGACUUUUUGACGCGCGGCAUUGCUAAAAUAAUUUCGGCACAUGUGCAUCCCGUGUGCAGUCUCAGCUGGACAAGAAAUGGCCACAAGUUGCUUUCCGCUUCUACAGACAACAAUGUUUGCAUUUGGGACGUGCUCACCGGCGAACUGGAGCACAAAUAUCGUUUUCCCUCGCCGGUGCUAAAAGUCCAGUUUGAUCCACGCAACGACAGCCGUCUACUCGUUUGUCCCAUGCGAUAUGCAGCUGUGCUAGUUAAAAUUGCCGGCACACAUCGCUGUUUGCCGCUGGAUUCGGAUGGCGAUUUGAAUAUAGUGGCCUCUUUCGACCGUCGUGGCAAGCACAUUUACACAGGCAACGCCAAAGGCAAAAUACUUGUGUUGGAUGUGGAAACAUUUGAAGUCGUUGCCAGUUUUCGCAUCAUUGUAGGCACGUCGAGUGCGACAGCAGUCAAAAGUAUUGAAUUCGCUCGACGAGGCGACGCCUUUCUCAUAAAUACAUCGGAUCGGGUAAUACGAGUCUAUGACUCCAAGGAGAUUAUUGCCUUGGGCAAGGAUGGCGAACCGGAACCCAUACAAAAACUGCAGGAUCUGGUCAACAAAACGACGUGGAAGAAAUGCUGUUUCUCUGGCGAUGGUGAAUACAUUUGUGCUGGCAGCGCACGUCAACAUGCGCUUUACAUAUGGGAGAAGUCGAUUGGUAAUCUGGUUAAGAUACUCCAUGGCACUAAGGGUGAACUGCUGUUGGAUGUUGUGUGGCAUCCGGUGCGUCCAAUUAUAGCUAGCAUUAGUUCGGGCCUGGUUUCGAUAUGGGCACAAAAUCAGGUGGAGAACUGGUCGGCAUUUGCGCCCGACUUCAAGGAACUGGACGAGAAUGUUGAAUACGAGGAACGCGAGUCUGAGUUCGAUAUUGGUGAUGAGGAUAAAUCUGUGGACUUGAAUGCCGAUGCCCAGCAGGAUGAGGAGAUCGAAGUUGAUGUACAAAAAGUCGAACCAGUUGCCGCCUUUUGUUCUUCCGAUGAGGAGGGCGAAGACGAGAAUGCUCUACAAUUUCUGCCCAUGGCACCGGAGGUGGAGGAUCCCGAGGAUGGCUGGACACCGCAAGACAACAUGGAGCCGAGCUCAGCGCUGAUGGGCAACGACUCGCGAGACUAUGAAGACGACAUCAUGGCAUCCAAGCGUCGACGCAUGCAGCACUACGAUGUCAGCCUGCCCGAUGCACCCACCGAUGAAACCCAUCCACUUAUUUCCAGCAAGGCCGGCAAGGACAAACAACAGCCGAUUGGUGGCAAAAAAGCAGCGGGUCGUGCGAAAAAAUGAGACUCGUGCCGCAUUUAUCGUUUAUUUAAGUUCUAAAAUUUAAUAAAUCUCAGUCUUAAAACGA